AGUACGCGGCGGUUACCUACGGAUAUGCAGCCUCGGCCUUGUUUCUAUGGAACCUUGCUGAAAGGUUGCCAGUAAUGGGCAAGCUACGUAAACAGAAACGGUACGGUAGAUCUGUCUUUAAACUAUGGGCACCUUCGAUAGAUAAUUAGUAGAAAUAGUUUGGUGCUUCUGUUUUUCAUCACUGGUUAUUUGGACAAAUCACGAUUUCGCAGCUGUUCGCGUCAUUCGAAUUUCGGAAGCGGAAGGGACAUUCGGUCCAUGGACUUGCCCGUAACUUGCAAACAGAGAGCGUGGAGCUCAAACGUAAUACUUGUUAAUGCAUUAAUUUUGUUACGCACUUUACAAUGUAUCAACAAUGGGCUACAUUAUGCGUCGCGAUUCUUGACGUAGACGCUUCUUCAUGUGACCUGACUUCCCGAUGUGCUACUAAAGUUCUGUAGUUCUCAUGGACUUCUCGUGAAUUCAACAUUCUUAAAUCAACAAACAAAUCAUAAGACGCAACAUGGCUUUUGCCAUUCCUAUGGUUAUAGUUACAUUGUUUUGGGGAUUUGUUGGAGGGGUGGUACCAUCUUUUAUUCCGAAUGGACCAAACAGAGCCUGGUUGAUAGCCAUUCUCUCCCAGCUGAAUCCACUGUUUGGACCUGCUUUGAGUAAUGACACUAUUUGGUAUCUGCAAUUCCACUGGCGCUGACUCUGCCCUCGACUCUGCCCUCAAUGACUGAGAAAGGCACAGGAAGACCAAAGGCAUCAUAAACCUGUCCAUUUAGCUUUUUUAACUUUAUAUCUGACUCUUGGUUUACCUAAGAUAAUGGUAAUAAAUAUACUGAAAUACCUUGCCAGAUGGAAGUCAUGCUAGCCUGUAAAACAGUUAGCAAUCUAGGGAAGCUAUAUCUAUAUAGGAAUUUGAAAAUGAGGGGGCAAGCACAUUGAGUGAAAGUGAUUGUUUUAUUUCUUACUGCUGAGUAAUAGCCUCUUCUAUUGAUAGAGGGGGGCUGGCAUGUGGCCGGGGAGCGCAGGCAGAUCUAUGUCCUCCAGACUUUCCCACAGGCCCUGAGCUCAGACCCUCCCACCAAUGGAAUCCUUGGCUUUGUUUAUAUUUAUUUUAUUAACCACACAGUUACUAAGUAUUUUCGGGUUAAAUGCUCUUUCAAUGUAGGAUAUAGGAUCUUCAGCGAUGAUUGGAUUCACAUUACCUUGCUCAUCCUAUCAGCAUUGUGUUUCUCAAAACUUGUGUUUAUUUAUCUCACCCAACUUGUCUGUUACAAUUAAUAUUUGAAGGCGCCUCAAAAUCCACUUUGUGAUUUUGUUUUUGUACUGUAUGCACAUUUUUGGGGACACAAUGUGCCCAAGCAUUUCCUGUACAGGCAGUAAUGUUGACUAAAUGAGUUAACCUUGUCUGUAUGUUCCAUGUUUAUCUUGCCCUGGACAAUUUUUUCCCAACAUAGUAACAAUGUCAAAGCACAGUACAUAACAUAUAGCAUUAUGGCAGAUAUAAUCAAAGAUGGUAUUUAUACUGUACAGUAUAAUAUUUGUAAACCCUAAUGACUUGAGUUUCAUGCUUUCACCAAGCAAGUGUAACCUAGAGCCUUUGGAAAUAUAUGUGUCAUUAUUGAAUUAUUUAUAUUACUUCCCUAUUAUAAAAAUGUCUGGGUAACUGUAUUAUAGCAUCUGAAGUGUGUGCAAUGCUCUGCAUUGUGUGCAGUAGUAUACUGUAAUUUAGGUGCAAUGUUUUGGGUCAAUCUUAAAGCUUCAGUGCGAUUGGUCAGUGAAGGACCACGUGACUAGGUAGUCACGCGCUUUCCAAGGAACCCGUCAGGAAGAAGAAAAACAAAACAAACGCAAGAGAAAGGCAGCGUGGACUCCAUUGAAAUUGCUUUGUUAUUGCUCAGAUAGGAAUAAACACGAAGCGAAACACGACACAACGUUCAUAUGGGGUUUCUAAAGACACCAGGCAUCAGACGAGAACUAGACUUCCAUGAGUUCACAGAGUUUUCCACAAUAAAGAAGACUCUUUUUGUUACUUAACUCAUAGAUUUUUCUACUGUCGGUUGACAUCAUCCGAAGACGACUGGGACACGAGUUCGGAGGAAAAAUUCCCAAUAAGGAACAGCGAUUGGUGCUCGGCGAUGCCUCAGCCCGCCAUCAGUGGAAUGGAUCUUCCCUUUGGGGAUUUCUUUCAAAAUUAUACUUUUGCUGAUCAGGCGCUGACCAGCACGGACCUGUUGGCGAGUAACACAGACCCAGACUUCAUGUACGAACUGGACAGAGAAAUGACUGCUUGCCUAAGUCCUAGAGUUGAUCACUUCACGGUGGGGGACUGCAAGGAGAUGGAGUGUGGGGAGCACCUCAUGGAGCUGGUGGACAGCGACCCGGCCUACAGCUCGAACUUUGAGCAGUGGGAUACGUACUGGGAGGACCUGACCAAGUACACCCGUUUCACCAGCUGUGACAUCUGGGGCACCAAGGAGGCAGGCCUGGAUGACUUCUCCAGCCCUUACCAAGACGAGGAGGUGAUUGCCCGGACCCCCACCUUGGCUCAGCUCAACAGCGAGGACUCGCAGCCCCCUGUGUGUGACACACUCUACCACCCUGAUCUGCUGAUAGGGGGCCAGAAGCAGCACACCUCCCUCCACCCACUCUCCCUGAGCAAGAAGACAGCCGCCCGCCCGGGCCCCUCCUCUUCCUGCUCCAACCUUGUCAAGAACCCCCUGGGCGACUUUGCCAAGGGUUCCCAGAAGGCCACCUGGCCUGUCCCCUCCAGCACAGAGACAAUGUCCAAGGCCCAGGGAACCAGCAAGAUGGCCACCCUGGGCUACCACUGCAAUGACUACGUGCGCAAGGCAAAGGUUCGCAUCAGCAUGCCCCACCGGCCCCUAGUCGACAUGCCCAUGGCCUCCCAUCAGGUUGAGGCUGAAAACCACUUCACAUACAGCAGCAAGCCCCCAGAGCUGGCCACCACAUCUGGCUGUGCUGCCCCCGUGGCUGCUCCUGCUACUGCAGCCUCCGCCUCUGCCUCCGCCAGCACCCUGGCCUAUGAGAAGACGGUAGAGCUGCCUCGCCGGGAGAUGCCACCCGCCUCAGUGGGCACGUCUGGAGCUGUGCCCCCUAUGCUACACUACCCUGUAGCUGGGGCUGGGGCCAGCGAGACCCUGGUGACUGCCAGUGGGACUGACCCAGUCUCUGACAAGAAGAAGGAGGAGGAGCACAACUACUCCCUGUUCCUAACCCGAGCCAGGCUGGCCGGGAAAGCCCUCACUGAGGAGGAAGAGGAGGAGGAGGAAGAGGAGGAGGAGGAAGAGGAGGAGGUGGGGGAGGACGAAGAUGAUGCUGAGGGGGUGGAGCUGGAUGAAGAUCUCGAUGAAGAUCAUGAUGAGGGUUUUGGCAGUGAGCAUGAACUCUCUGAGAAUGAUGAUGAGGAAGAUGAGGAGGACGAUGAUUAUGAGGGGGAUAAAGAUGAUGACAUGAGCGACGCCUUCUCCGAGCCAGGUAGCCAUAUAUCAGGAUGUGACAAUGACGCGGUGGAGGACGUGAAGGGGCUGACGGCAGGGAUCUCCAGGAAGAGGGGCAAGCGCCGCUAUUUCUGGGAGUACAGCGAGCAGCUCACCCCCUCCAAGCAGGAAUGCUUGCUCAAGCCCUCUGAGUGGGACAGGGAGACCCUGCCCAGCAACAUGUACCAGAGGAAUGGCCCACACCACGGGAAGUACACUCUGAAGAAGUCUCGGCGGACAGAUGUGGAGGACUUGACCCCUAACCCUCGCAAGCUGCUGCAGAUCGGGAAUGAGUUGCGUAAGCUCAACAAAGUGAUCAGUGAUCUGACUCCGGUCAGCGAGCUGCCCCUCACAGCCCGCCCACGCUCCCGCAAGGAGAAGAACAAACUGGCGUCCAGGGCCUGUCGGCUGAAGAAGAAAGCUCAGUAUGAGGCCAACAAAGUCAAGCUGUGGGGUCUGGGCACAGAAUACGAUCGGCUUCUGUUUGUCAUCAACACCAUAAAGGAAGAGAUAGUGAACAGAGUGCAGGAUAUCUGCGACGACAAGGGAACUAGCAUGACUGAAACUCUGGACAAACUCAUCCAAGAGACCCUUGUGAAGUCACCAGUUGCCGGGCAGACGUCUGACUUUGUUAACCAGAUCCUAGAGAACACUGGCAAGGGGGAUCCCACUGGAGGACUGGUCGGGCUGCGCGUACCCACGUCUAGAGUGUAGAUGGACCAUGUAGAGGUUUGGAGAUGGCAUACUCAAAGCCAUCCGUGCCAUUCUAGUCCCACACUGUAACGGCUCACCCUCUGCAUGACCAUUCCAUCCAGGAAUCGCAUCACCAUGCCCUGUGGGAAGACAUACAUAUCACGCUCCAAAUGUAUGUAUGUCUUCACACUGUGAGCAUGCGCUGAAAUGAAACUUAGUAUCUAUCUCUGCACUAGUAGUCUGUUACUAGCCAUUUGUGCACAUGGCUAGUGCACGUGGCUAGUGUCUUUAGGGCCGCAGUGUUUGCGAAUUCAAAGCCAAUAUAUGAAAAAUACCUCCCGAAAUGUUUGUUGGAAGAAAAAAAAAAAAUCAAGCAAAACAGAAUGAUUAUCAGUUCUAGCUGUAGCAAUUUCCUGUAGCGUAGCUGUCAUGGGCCGUUUCAUGCCUGCGUACCUGGGUGGGAAAGGCAACACAGGAUGUCGUUAUAGUUAGAGUGAGACGACGGGACGGCACGAGAUAUUUGCUAUUGAAACCUAAAUAGUAACUUGUCAAUCCCAUGUCCUUGUCACCUUUUACUGAACUGUGCUUCUCAGAUGAAGAAAAAAAAAAACGUAAAACAGGCACUGGGUAUUCCAUAGUGUCUACUGUUGUAAAGGUAUAGGGAACGCUUCAUACCUGUUGUCUGCUUUCCCAUUCUAGCACCGUGGCAUUCACAUAGGAGGAGAUGAUGUUACCCAAUACUCUCAACCUGCCAACCACAUUACAAGGCAACAAAAACACACACGCACCUGAAUUACUACUAACAUUAAGAAAGUCUACUUUGACAGAAUGACGCUAAAAAUGAGUAGAAGUUGGGGGGGGAUACACAGGAAUGCAGUGAAAGGUUGUUUUGCGAUUUGGCCUGAUUUUUCAAUUCCAUUGUCCUGUGUUUUUGCAGUUGAGAAGAUAUUUCAAAUAGACUUGAGCAGAAGGCCACUAUAUUCCCAUCCUUUGCAUGGGAAAAUUCUUAGUCAUCUGACUAAGCUAGAUGACGUGAUCAUAACAAACCAUUUCCUCUAUAUACCCUUUGGUUGAAGCGUCUUCAAAUGAAAACGCCAUUGGCUUCUUGCAAAGUAGGGAUGAGAGGGCUAAUAGUUUGAAGUUCCUUAGUUUGGUGUGUUCAUAUUUGUAUUUAAUAACAGUACUGUUCAUUGUGCCUUGUAUUUAAAGUGAGAUGAUUACACAAGUGGUUGAAGGAUAGUGGACCAUUUUACACUGAGGGAGAGCAGAACAUGGUGCAGGGAAGGUCAAGAGGUUUGUUAUGUAUUUCUGCUCUUUCAAGCUAUUCUGAAUGUACAUAUGAACAUGGAACAUGUAGAUAUAUGCCACAGAGUCUGUGCAUUGUAUUAUAAGAUGGCUCUGACAAAAAUGUACUUUGGUUAUCGGUACUUGGACUUUGGGGCAGGGGAAUGGGAGGGUUAAAAAGGAUAUUCGUAUAGAAUUUAAAAAAAAUAUUUGCACACUAUAUUUUGAUUGCUUUUUGUACCAAAGACACAUGCAACGAAAACGGCGACUAGCCAGAUAAAGUAAGGUUUUGCACAGCUUACCUGACACUGUAUUGAAUGUAGGAAAUGUGGUAGGGUCAGGGAUUUUCAUUGAACUGUGAAAUUUGCUUGGGUCCAAUUACGUACUGAAAGAAGCAUUCAUUAACUUUUUCUAAACGUCUCUUGUCAGUUGGCUUCUCAAGUAGAUUAGUUGCUUUAAAAACAUUUGAUAGAUUCCAGACGUUACAUGUAAUACUUCCACUUCUAUUGUGCUUUGGCACGAAGUAGAAAAGAGAUGAAGAACAAUUGCAUAAUACAAUUUUAUUUUGACUGUUUGUCAAAACGUCACAAAUAACCAAAAGGUAUAUCACUUCUAUCAUUUAUGUAGGUGAGACGAAUACACAUACAUAUAUGUCAUAUUAAGUGUUGCCUAUUUAUAGUAAUGUCCAUUCAUGCAUACACAUAUCUAUCUAUUGUGAAUUGCCACUUUUUUUCAAAUUGAUACGUUAAUAAGCAUGACACAUUUCUAAGGCCUAUCCUCACAUUCAGAGAAACUUUGAAAAAAAAAAAAAAUGGAAUGAAAAAACAAACAUUUUUGUACUAUUUGCCUUUUUCUGUUGGUGCGCAUGUAUGUCAUUUGAGAGAUGUUCAGAGAAAUACAUUUCUGGGUGGUGACUGCAUGAGAUAGGGUGGGGUUUCUGGAUGGAGACUCUGCAUGAGAUAGGGUGGGGUUUCUGGAUGGAGACUCUGCAUGAGAUAGGGUGGGGUUUCUGGAUGGAGACUCUGCAUGAGAUAGGGUAGGGUUUCUGGAUGGAGACUCUGCAUGAGAUAGGGUGGGGUUUCUGGAUGGAGACUCUGCAUGAGAUAGGGUGGGGUUUCUGGAUGGAGACUCUGCAUGAGAUAGGGUGGGGUUUCUGGAUGGAGACUCUGCAUGAGAUAGGGUGGGGUUUCUGGAUGGAGACUCUGCAUGAGAUAGGGUGGGGUUUCUGGAUGGAGACUCUGCAUGAGAUAGGGUAGGGUUUCUGGAUGGAGACUGGGAGGGGUUCCUCCUGUUUUUUGUGAUCUUUGUGAAGAGGCUCUAGUUUUUUAGGGGUUGUUCUGAAAGUAAGGGAUUGAAUAUCAUGGAUAUCAUUCUGGUUUCUUUGUGCCCUCCGCCUCAGUUCUUGACACAAGCUCCUCUGUUGCGCUGAGUCAUGGGGAAGAUUGAUAGAAAAUGAAUGGAUGAUAAGUCUCAGUUGAAUACUUGCAAUUGUAGUCUUAACCUGUAUUACAAUCUCAGGCCAGAGGAAAUGAGACGAGCAGCUUAUGGAGAGGUCUAGCGUCUCUGCUGUAACUUGUCAAUGUUGUCCAUUUGAAACACUAGGUUUGCUCAUUUCAAGAGAACAAGACUUGAGGCUGAAUUCAAUUAAACCGGCACAGCUGAAAAUCCUCACUGCGGAAAAGUAACACUGUCCUUAUUCUGAGAAGGGGCCUGUUUUAAUUGAAAAUGUUUUCUUUUAUCUAGUAAACAUUUUCUUAUUUCAGUACCGAAGAUAUCUGAACAUGCCUUUUGUUUGCUGUAGAAAAACAGUGUUAUUGUUCUGCAAAGCAGGUUUCCGCACUGCAUGCCAUACUCCAACUAUUUUUGAUUGAAUUAAAAAGGGAAAAAAUACACUUUCUCUGAAACUAGAAUGAUAUGUUUGAUAAGAUAUCUUAUUCUACUUACUUUGUUAGUGUAGUAAAUAUUCUCUAUAUACCGUCCAUGGUUUGUUUUUGUAGUGUUUCAUUUUGUAAAUGGAUUUAUCUUCUAAAUAUUAUAUUUGUAUAGUAUAUUCUAUAUUACAUGUAUGAAAAAGAAAGCACUUUGUUCAAAAAAAAAAAAAAAAAAAAAAAAAGUAUGAAGAAAAGCAUUUUUCCUUCCAUUUGCUGCUAAGCCGACCUUGUUUGAAUGCUGCAGUGAGUCCUUGACUUCUGUAUCCUGACCAGGACAGUGUGUUGGGGAGGUCUUAAGAGGGCAAUCAACCUUUGAUUACAAUGCCCCUAUGUUCUGAAUGACUCUAACGUCAUGAAUUCAUUUGCCUUCAGUAGAGAUUUCCUAUGGAAAAACAAAUUCUGCUUUGGGUUUUUCUUCAGGUUGAUGUACAGUGUAGACACAUUUAUUCUGGGCGUUUGCCAGAGAGUUAUAUUGUUAUAAUUUUAAAAGUAAUUUGUACUUGUAACUUGUACUUAAUGGGGAGGGGGAGACUGAGGUACUCACAACAGCCCACAUUCUUUUGUGAGUACCUCAGAAGGAAAACUAUAUCACUGUACUGUAUGGCAAGUAAUUUGCAGUGGAGAUUUAAUCCGGGAUACUUUUUGCCUUCUCAAACACCCAUCCAUUCACUUAAGAUGGCCAAUAGUGGGUUCAAUUGCAAAGCGGUGUUGCUAUGGCAACCGAUCUCGGCCAAUAUUGUACUGUCUACAAUCAAGACCUUCAACCUGGUGAUAUGCUCAAAUCAACGAUGGCCUCUCCAUUGGGAUCACUGAUGGCAAGUGAGGUUGAGCUAGGGGAAUUAAUGUUGUGUAAGAAGCUAGUGGAACAUAGUGUUGUGAGGCUGAUUCCAGCAUCGGGUGUGUGUGUCCACGCAGGUUUUCACAUUUAACAUGAUGGGCGCAAGCUGUGCAACUUUACAUUCUAACCAGGAGACUCUGUGGCAUUUUAACAGUCAAGGAAGUGGUUGACAUUCAAAGCCAGUAACUAUUCCUUCUGCUCUAUUGACAUCAAACAUAUAAACAGAUAAUAGAUUGUGUAAUUAUGUGCUAGUCUCGUCUGAUAAUUGAAUCCAUAAUGGUCUCUUCUGCAGCGAAUCAGGGUAACUACCAUUCUUCUAAUAGAAAUAUAUGUAAUAGAAUAGUAAAUCAAAGGAAAAUAUAUUUAUGUAUUCCAGUUAACGUUGCGAUUUUUUUAUUUCUGCAGUUCAAUAACUCUGUGUGCGUUAAUAGAGAUUCAAUGUAAAACAAAAUGGUGCGAUGCUCUCUACAGGAUAAGAAUAGACAAAGGCCAAUGGAUUUGUAAGUAUAAAUAUUUUACCUAGAUUAGUUUUUCUUUAUACUCUAACAAAUUUAAACGUACAAACUUUUUUUUUUUUUUUUUUUUUCAAAAGGGAAAUAAAUUAUUUCUAGUUUUGAUCCAACCUCUGUUUUACUGUGCUGCUGCUCAUUUAUGGGUUGGUUAUUCAUGGAUUAUAUUGUAUUAAAAAGAUGAUAGUUCUUUAUACAUUACAAAUGUCUAUGCUUAACAGACCUUUUUUACUUUUUAACAAAUUAUUAACGCUUUGAUCACAUUUGAGUUAACCUUAUGCUAUAGUCUUAGACCUUGUGGAUAGAUGUCUAAUGGUAGCAUUACCAAACCGCUGGAUCACAAUGAGACCGAUCUCGAUUUAUUCCAAUUCUCCAAAAUGGCUACAGUAGACUCUAGAGAGGAGGCGGCAAGCGUAUUUGUCCUCUUUCUUUCAAUUCCUGAUAUGAUUUUGGCUUGCUUUGUUAUGUAGUUGUUUGUAGUGUAUGUGAUGACAAUGUUCUUAAAUUGUGCACUAUGCAUGUCUUACUUGUUUUUGAGUAAGACAGUGUGUUGCUUUAGUUUUCAGCUGUCUCGUGUCUGAGCAGAGCAUUUUCAUUGACUUUAUACAAAGACUCUUACCCUGUCUCCAUAACCCUAUGGAGGUGUUCCUAGUGGUGAUAGGCAGGUGGGGAAUGAGUGGAGCUAUUUCCUCUGACAAUGGAGGAGCCACGCAUGUGUAACGGAGAAAGACCUGUCUAAUAACUGCUAGAUGAGUAUGUUCCUUUCCAUCUUAUCUAACCAGUUGAAUGCUUUGUUUUUUGCUUUAAACUGUCAUUCAAAGGACCUGCAUUCUGCCAUUUAUUUAUUUAUAUGUGUGUGUGUAUAUAUAUAUAUAUAUAUAUAUAUAUAUAUAUAUAUAUAUAUAUCUUUUCCCCUACACCCAUAGUAUCUAUAGAAAUUGAGAACUUAAAGUAUUAACACUUGUAUAGCUGAUUUGUCAUGGGCUGUAUAUUGCGUAUAUCACUGCUUCAAUGCUUAAAGGGGCGGGCACUCAGCAGUUGCUACCUUUUAUAAAUGAAUGAUACGUAUCCUUUGUUUCUUAAAGAAUAUAGCUUAUAAAAAGGCCUCAUGAGGUAAGUUCAACUGUCGUAACCCAUCGGAAGCCAAAAUAUAGUUUUUUUUUUUACUCCAAUGUUUGUAAACAAACACUGUUUUUAGCCUAAAAACAUGGUUAAUAAAACUAUAUUUUUUUAUAUAAUGGAUGGUCAGUCCUUGCAUCCAUAGCUCUUUGAAUUUGAGAGUGCUUACUAGUGCUCAGCGAUUAACCUAAGUUUUUGUAUUUUUUGUUAUUAAACAACUAAUUGACCGACGUCAGUUCAAUUACUUGAAUUCCGUUUAGUUUGUUUUAUUUGGUGGGUGGCCCAACUCGUUGUUUUUCUUGAGAUAAAUCAAAUCAUUCACGAGAGAAAUCAUGUCAGGAACUAUGUGGGACACUUGGCUGAAGGGAGUUGUAGUUUUCAUUAAGCAAACAUUCAACCUAGUUCAGCGCAAUAACUUGGUAAUUAACUACAAUGACCAUAAUCCAUUACGCCUGUUUUUUCCAUCUUGGACCGAGAUGGAUACAAUUUACACCUGCUAUGUUAGGUUAGAUACACACAGGCCACAUGAGAGAGGAAUGUACAACACACGACUACGAGAGAGAUAGACAGUUCGUGAAAGCAUGCCUUAUCUACUUUGAAAAACAAGUACAGUUAUUUCAUCAGACAGCUCUGCAGCACGCUUAGGCAAGCUAGCCUAGCUAAAAAAGGAUGACAGUAUGGGAAGCACAGCGAAUGUUGUCUUGCUGCUACUGCCUGAGCAGAGAAUAGGACUUUAAACAAUGAAAAAUAAUGAAGUCAUCAAAUAAAAACGAAGUAAUAUACACAUCUGAAAUGUUUUAUUUCAUCGUCAUUUUCUUUUGAUGUCAUACCUAAUGUGGACCUGAUGGAGACAAUGGAAUAUUUUCAAUUUUUUAGCAAUUGAAUGUUAACAAUUUUAGGCUUUGGAAUUUCCAUUAAAAAGCUCUAAAAUAUUGUCAUUAUUUCAUAAUGCAUUUAAUGUUUAAAAAAUAAUUGAAAUCAAAAAACAUUUUGUUAAUAAUCAAACUGAACUGACCUCAAAAAUCACUAAUCGCGUAGCGCUAGUGUUAACAUUUUUCCAUCCCCAUCCCCCAGUUUUUUUUUUUUUCUCGAAACAAUGGUGUGGAGGACGCUUUGCUAUUGUUUCAACUGCUGAUGGCCGCUUUAAGCAUUGCAGAAGCAUUUCAAACGCAUUCUUUCGUAUUAUAACUUGCUCAACUCCCCCCAUAUUGCUCAACUCCCCCCAUACUCAAAGGUUAUAUGCUCUAUGCAGUAUAACCGUUUUGAUGUAUUAUAUUGUUGGAUAAAUAAAUGCAGAGAAUAUGCGUAGGGAAUGACCAUUGUGCAUGAAAAUCUCACUCAUCUGAUAUGUUUGUUACUGGGUCAAAAUGUACUGAGUAAUGGGUGUAUCUUCACCCUGAGUUCAAGGAUUUUGUAAGUGUCAAGGACUAUGUCCACGUGGUAUUUGAACUUAACAAGCAUAGAGAGAUUUGGUUUUGGAUCUUGAACAUAUUCAGAUCAAACUAUUUUCCAUUGCUUACCCACUGUUUUUAUGAAAACAAAAUCGUACAAACAGAAGCAUACCCACAACUCACUUGGUUUUACAAAAUGUCAAACAUAAUUUUAAUACAAUGCCUGCUAAACCAGGUGCCUUAAAAAAAAAAUUUGAAUCCAAAUGUGAUCUACACCCUUCAAAGUCUUGAUGUUUUGUAUGGAUACAAGAUUUACUAUCUUUCUGCCCACUAUGCCAAGAAUUCUGACAUUUACUCUGUCUGGUGUUUUAACAGUGAUCUCAUGUACAGAUGAAAAUUGAUGCUGCUUUGCCUCAGACAGUUUUCUCAUCAGUGGAAUGUAGUCUUCCUUCAAAGGAUUCAAUUCAAUAUAAGGAUAUGUUUAUACCCCAGAUUCCCAGUGUAACAUUGGGUGAGAGAGACUAUCCAAAGUGUGCUGCAAUCAUGAAUCAGAGGAAUUAGAACUUUUUUGUAUGGUUGUCCUUAUUUCUGUAAACCUUUUUAUUUCUUUUGUAUUUAUGCUCAAAAUCAGUAAAUUGUUGCACACGUUUGAAUUUUUUAAUAUUUUUUUUUUGCCUUUUCUACUUAGACCUUACCUACUUGCCAUACUAUUUAUUUUAUAUUUCAUUUGAAAUAUUUCCUCUAGUUUACCUAUAGAAAUUAUUUUAGAUAGUCAUGAUACCGCAGCGAGGUAUAUGUUCUUGCUGAAUUACAUUUAUCAGACCCAGAGCAUUCACCAAUGGUGAUUGAUUUAGUUGAGUUUUCUAUAGAACCGCUAGAUCUGCUUUGCAAAAACUGUCAAUUUACCAACCUAUUGUGUCCCUUCAAAAAUGAUCAAAAUAAUUGUGCCUCUUUGGUCCUCAUUUUCUACUGUUCCACAAGCGGCUGGGUUUCACUUUACCCGGAGCAGUGUCACAUAAAGAAGCAGAUGGGCUUUAGCAGCCGUUCUUCAAUGAACAAACAAGGUUUGAAACAGCAACUCUUAAUGACACAUGUUGAGGUUUGCAUUGUUCAACAUAGAUCUAUGUUAACCAUGGAGUUCCAGGAAACCUCGAUGGUAAUUACACAGGGGUAGGCGGCGUUUUAAACGGGGCAACGCCUGUAUAACGCUUAAAGCGAUGGUGAUGGGCAUCUGCACAAAUCCAGGUUCCUUGAUUUCGCCAGAUUGCUCCAAGGUGCCACCACACAGUUCUUUGUAACUUAAGAUUGAAGGGUGCACUAAUUGGAGAGUGAGUUUAAAACAAGACAAUGCAAACGGCUGAUAGGAGGCACCAUUCGCCAGCCAUGGUGCUGAAUCUCAAAGACAUACUUGAACUUCCUCAAGAGCUGCCACUCGGCCCCUGUUGCUGUGUUGGAACGCUGCCCGAGGGGUGUUGCAAAUCUUGACCAGUUCCCAGUGGACUUUGGACAGUGACUGACUGCUUUUUAAGACCUGCUGUAGCCACUGCAGUGUCGGUGUCAGUAAGGCCUUGUCCUCAGUAAUGGUGGUUGACGACCGUGUUUUUUAAAAUGUAAUUGAAGUGGAUUGGCUGGUAGCUUUGAUAGGAUUUAUUAUUUUUUUGCUUCAGGAAAAGGCAUAGAGAUCGGUAAGGGUCACUAGGGCUGCUGGGCAGAGAUCUCUCAUCUCCACUGAAUUGUUUGAAUAUGUGUUCCUGCAUAGUACACAUGCAAACCAAUUCAAUGAUUUACCAAUUACAUUGAGAAAACAGAUAACCCUCUUUCAAAGCACCAUAAAUACACAUCAUAUUCACACUGCAAUGAUUUACAUUUUCCUUCCAAACUUGCCAAAUUAUUUUUUUGGGAAAUCCAUACAACCCCCAAUGAGGACAAUUUUUAAAGAUAUCUCACCCAUUCUUAAAACUACACAAUUCAUACCCUUGAUGUAAUGCUUCUGAUGUCAUAUGGUAUUUCAAUAGAUAAUGUAGCAUGGGAACUUUAAGUAGUUAGUACUGUGUGUGUACUCCCCAAGUGAAAAAUAUUUGUCACAGUAGGAAGGCUGUAUUUCAUUGCUAAGUGCUCUGUAAUGAAUCUCUUGGGUGAUACUCAUAAACAAAUCUGUAUCCUGCUGAAACUAACAGUGACUUGAUCCUAUUAGAAAUGUCUAUAUUUGUAGUUCACGUAUAUGCCUGUUCAAAUUCAAUAAUAUCUUGACAGUUGUUUAUAUUUAUGUUGUUUUAAAUGUUGUGCUGGGUUUAUACUUUUGUCGUUCGAUCUCUUGCUCUUAUUUUUGUUUCCGUUUUUUUUUUUUUUGAGGCACAAUUAGUUGGAGAACAGUUAUUGGAUAAUGAUCCUUGUAAAUGUACAGAUGUGAUGUAGGUUGGGUUCAGUUAUGAUUGAUUGGAAAAAUGUGUCUGCUUGUGUAAUUGUGCCUCUCCUUCAUUUAGUUUAGUUUUUUUAUCAUACUUUUUCUCACAGAAUUGUAUCAGCCAGAAGUUGGUACCACAGUUGUGGCUAGGUGGAGUACAGCUAUGGACUGAAGUGACUUUACGUAGCAGGUUAGGAGAAUUAAUGUAGCAGGUUAAGAGAAUUAGGUUAAGGUUAGGAAAAGGGUAAGGGUUAGCAAAAAUGCUACAGCUGACCCCGAUGCGACUCGAACAUGCAACUUUUGGUCCAUAGCCGUACUCAAUCUAGCCACAACCCAAUUUUGCUUGUAACCAUGAUUCUAUUGUCGAUUUUAAUAUCAAAAUAAAAACAUUUGAAAACCA